AUGGAAGCAAGCGCCGGCCUUGUUGCCGGAUCACACAAUAGGAAUGAACUUGUUGUAAUCCACGGCCAUGAAGAGCACAAGCCCAUGAAGUCGUUGGAUGGUCAAGUUUGUGAGAUAUGCAGCGAUGACAUUGGCGUCACAGCAGAUGGCGAUCUGUUUGUUGCUUGUAACGAAUGUGGGUUUCCAGUAUGCCGGCCAUGUUAUGAGUACGAAAGAAGAGAAGGGACCCAACUUUGUCCACAGUGCAAAACCCGAUACAAGCGUCUCAAAGGGAGUCCAAGAGUGGAAGGUGAUGAAGAUGAAGAAGAUGUCGAUGAUAUUGAGUAUGAGUUCAAUAUCGACGAUGAUGAAAGCAAAAAACAACAACAUAUUGUGGAAUCGAUGCUUCACGGGAAAAUGAGCUAUGGCAGGGGUCCAGAGGAUGACGAAAAUAACAUUCAAUUUCAUCCUGUUAUAACUUCUAGAUCUCGACAGGUAAGUGGCGAGUUCCCACUAUCUAAUAAUGGUGAACCAUCGUCCACGCUUCACAAACGCAUACAUCCUUAUCCUACAUCUGAACCAGGCACUGCAAGAUGGGAUGACAAGAAAGAGGGUACCUGGAAGGAACGGAUGGAUGACUGGAAAUCCAAACAAGGAAACCUUGGUCAUGACCAUGAUGACGACAUGGUAGACCCAGACAUGGCAAUGAAUGAUGAAGCAAGGCAGCCACUGUCAAGGAAAGUACCAAUAGCAUCAAGUAAGGUCAACCCUUAUCGUAUGAUUAUCGUGAUCCGUCUCGUAGUCCUCUGUUUCUUUCUUCGAUAUCGGAUACUAAACCCAGCUCAUGAUGCCAUCGGCCUGUGGCUUACUUCAAUCGUCUGUGAGAUAUGGUUUGCUAUUUCGUGGAUCCUCGAUCAGUUUCCGAAAUGGUAUCCAAUAGAUCGUGAGACAUAUCUCGAUCGUCUUUCCCUCAGAUAUGAGAGGGAAGGUGAGCCAUCAAUGCUUUCACCGGUAGAUAUAUUUGUAAGUACUGUGGAUCCAUUGAAGGAGCCUCCAUUAGUUACGUCCAACACAGUCUUAUCAAUCUUAGCUGUCGACUACCCGGUUGAGAAAAUCUCAUGCUAUGUUUCUGAUGAUGGAGCAUCCAUGCUUUCGUUCGAAUCACUUUCCGAAACUGCUGAAUUUGCUCGGAAAUGGGUUCCUUUCUGUAAGAAGUUUUCCAUCGAACCUCGAGCUCCAGAGAUGUAUUUCUCUCUCAAAGUCGACUAUCUUAAGGAUAAAGUCCAACCGACUUUCGUUAAGGAACGCCGAGCAAUGAAGAGGGAAUAUGAAGAAUUUAAGGUUCGCAUAAAUGCAUUAGUAUCCAAGGCCUUGAAGGUCCCCGUAGAAGGAUGGAUCAUGCAAGACGGUACACCCUGGCCUGGAAACAACACAAAGGACCAUCCUGGUAUGAUACAAGUGUUUCUUGGUCAUAGUGGAGGUCAUGAUACUGAAGGAAAUGAACUUCCCCGUUUGGUUUACGUCUCUCGUGAAAAGAGGCCUGGGUUUACUCAUCACAAGAAAGCUGGUGCCAUGAAUGCUCUGGUACGAGUAUCGGCUGUGCUUACAAAUGCUCCAUUCAUGUUGAAUUUGGACUGUGAUCACUACUUGAAUAACAGUAAAGCUGUUAGAGAAGCAAUGUGUUUCUUAAUGGACCCACAAAUCGGAAGAAAAGUUUGUUUUGUUCAAUUCCCUCAGAGAUUCGAUGGUAUUGAUAGGAACGAUAGAUAUGCCAACAGAAAUACUGUCUUCUUCGAUAUUAACAUGAAAGGUCUAGAUGGACUUCAAGGUCCUGUAUAUGUUGGAACCGGAUGUGUCUUUAAAAGACAAGCUUUAUAUGGCUAUGACCCUCCAAAAGGUCCUAAACGUCCAAAGAUGGUAAGCUGUGAUUGUUGCCCCUGUUUCGGUCGCCGCAGAAAGUACCCCAAACAUGGCAAGGGUGGAGCUAGUUUGAACGAAGACGGAUCAAGUGCUAACGUUGAAGAAUUCAAUGACGACGAUAAACAACUACUGAUGUCCCAAAUGAAUUUCGAAAAGAAAUUUGGACAGUCGGCGACAUUUGUUACUUCAACAUUGAUGGAAUACGGAGGGGUCCCUCCUUCUUCAAGUCCUGCUGCUUUGCUCAAGGAAGCAAUUCAUGUCAUUAGCUGUGGGUACGAAGAUAAGACUGAAUGGGGGUUGGAGUUGGGUUGGAUUUACGGGUCUAUUACAGAAGACAUUUUGACGGGUUUCAAGAUGCAUUGCCGAGGUUGGAGAUCAAUAUAUUGUAUGCCAAAGUUGCCUGCAUUCAAGGGAUCGGCACCCAUCAAUCUAUCAGACCGUCUUAAUCAGGUUCUUCGUUGGGCUCUUGGUUCAGUUGAGAUCUUCUUCAGUCGCCAUAGUCCUUUAUUGUAUGGUCAUAAGAAGGGACACCUUAAAUGGCUUGAACGGUUAGCAUACAUAAACACAACUGUCUACCCUUUCACUUCCUUACCUCUGCUCGCGUAUUGUACUCUUCCAGCAAUUUGCUUGCUUACAGGAAAAUUCAUAAUGCCAACGAUAAGUACUUUCGCAAGUCUAUUCUUCAUUGCUUUAUUUAUCUCCAUCUUUGCAACGGGCAUACUGGAAUUGAGAUGGAGUGGAGUAAGCAUUGAAGAGUGGUGGAGAAAUGAGCAGUUUUGGGUUAUUGGCGGUGUAUCAGCACAUUUCUUCGCAGUGGUGCAAGGACUACUUAAAGUCUUAGCUGGAAUAGAUACCAACUUCACUGUCACAUCUAAGGCUUCCGAGGAUGGAGAUUUCGCAGAACUUUAUGCAUUCAAAUGGACUACUCUUCUCAUCCCUCCAACCACUCUUCUGAUCAUUAACCUUGUUGGAGUAGUUGCAGGCAUAUCUGAUGCUAUUAGCAAUGGAUAUCAAUCUUGGGGUCCGCUCUUCGGAAAAUUAUUUUUUGCCUUUUGGGUCAUCGUCCAUUUAUACCCCUUCCUAAAGGGUCUCAUGGGAAGACAAAACAGGACGCCGACAAUUGUUGUCAUAUGGUCUGUGCUAUUGGCUUCAAUAUUCUCCUUGCUUUGGGUUCGAAUCGACCCAUUCAUAGUAAAGACCAAGGGCCCUGAUGUUAAACAAUGCGGGAUCAACUGCUGAAAGGCUUCUUAUGGUUUAAUCUUCUUCUUGCAAAUGAGGAUGCACAUUCUGGAUGUCUAAAUUGGCAUAUAGGUGUAGCAGAACGAAAUAAUAACCAGCGGGAAGUUGUGUAUUGUAAAUUGCAAUUGUUUGGGUUAUCUACUUCCGUUUCAGAAGUUGUUGAAAUUUACUAGGAUUUGAUAGAUCUUCUUUGUGAUGUAAAAUGAGUAUGGAACACCAAAGGGAAACAUCCUAUCCGAAAUUUAAGGGCAUGAUCAAGAUUUUGACGAAAUGUACAUACUGAUGCCAGAAUUGGGACCAACAGUUGCAACUCGAAUGCUAAAUUGGUAACUCACGAGAACUAA